UUCUUCUUCUUGCAAUCGAAAGCCUUCGUCUUACUCUUCCUCUUCCUCUACAUCUCUCCUCCUCCCCCUCUCUCUCUCUCUAGAGCGCGUCCCCGCGCGUCGUUAGUAUGUUCUUAUUGACGCCAUUGAAAUUGAGUUAAAUCGGAUUGAACUUAAAAAAAAAAACAGAUAAUUCAAAAAUCGUGCCUUUCCUCAGAUCUUGACGAGAUUCCGCAUCUGGGUUUUUUCUCUUCUCUAAUCUGAUUGAAAAAUGCAAUCCGACAAUGGGAAGCUGUUCAUCGGCGGGAUAUCGUGGGACACCAAUGAGGAACGUCUCAAGGAGUAUUUCAGCAGCUUUGGGGAAGUGAUCGAAGCUGUGAUCUUGAAAGACCGUACCACGGGCCGUGCACGUGGCUUCGGCUUUGUAGUCUUUGCUGAUCCAGCUGUUGCAGAGAUUGUUAUAACCGAAAAACAUAGUAUUGAUGGGAGACUGGUGGAAGCGAAGAAGGCUGUUCCUAGAGAUGACCAGAACACAGUUAGGAGCAACAGCAGCAGCAUCCAAGGAUCACCAGGCGGUCCAGGAGCUCGAACAAGGAAGAUAUUCGUCGGAGGAUUACCUUCUUCCGUCACAGAAAGCGAUUUCAAGACCUAUUUUGAGCAGUUCGGGACACCUACCGACGUGGUUGUUAUGUACGACCACAACACACAAAGGCCUAGAGGGUUUGGAUUCAUAACUUAUGACUCCGAGGAGGCCGUUGAGAAAGUACUGCUCAAGACGUUCCAUGAGCUUAACGGUAAAAUGGUUGAGGUGAAGCGAGCUGUUCCGAAGGAGUUGUCUCCUAGUCCAGCUCGUAGCCCUCUCGGUGCUGGUUACAGCUAUGGGGUUAGUAGAGUUAAUAACCUCUUGAAUGGGUAUGCUCAAGGGUUUAGUCCCGGUGCGGUUGGUGGAUAUGGGCUUAGGAUGGAUGGUCGGUUUAGUCCGGUUGGUGCUGGGAGAACCGGGUUUGCGAAUUUCGGUUCUGGUUAUGGGAUGAAUGUGAACUUUGAGCAAGGGUUGCCCACAGGGUUCACUGGAGGUAAUAGUUUUAACGGAAAUGUAGACUAUGGAAGAGGAAUGAGUCCUUACUAUAUUGGUAACACGAACCGGUUUGGUCCUGGGGGUGGUUAUGAAGGAGGCAAUGGAGGAGGAGGAGGAGGGAACUCGUCUUUCUUCAGUUCGGUUACAAGGAACCUAUGGGGAAACAACGGUGGUCUGAACUCAAACUCCAAUACAUACAUGGGAGGAACAACAAGUGGGAACAACACACUAAGCGGUCCAUUUGGAAACUCCUGGGGUGCUCCUGGAGGAGGAGGAGGAAGCAAUGGUGUUAGCAACGAGAGUAUGAAGUUUGGUUAUGGAGGAAACGGUGAAUCUGGUUUUGGAUUGGGAACAAGGAACAUCGGGCCUAGCAAGGCGGCACCAUCAUCUUCAUUCUCUUCUGCCUCGGUAGCCAAUAACACUGGUUAUGAUGGAGCAGGACUUGCUGAGUUUUAUGGGAAUGGUGCAGUGUAUAGUGAUCCCACAUGGAGAUCAUCAGCUCCUGAGACAGAAGGGCCUGGUUCUUUUAGCUAUGGGAUUGGAGGAGGAGGAGGAGGAGGAGGUCCUUCUUCGGAUGUUUCAGCUAGAAGUUCAUCUCCAGGUUAUGUUGGCAGUUACAAGAGGCAAUCAAACAGAGGAAUUGCUACUUAGUUUUUGUUUUUACCACGAUAUUGUAGGCGAGCCAUCACGGUGAAGCGAUCUGGCGAAUCUUUUAGAUUAUCUUCUCUCCUUGAUACAAAAGCCUAUGAGGACUAAACUUGAUCACACCAUCAGCUAGAGUUAACCAGAGAAUCACAAAGAUUAUGGUUUGGUUUUCUAAAUUCAUUGGUCCUCCUCCUAGGCUUUGUUUUUCUUUCUUUCUAUUUUUGUUUUUUCUUUCAGUGAGGGAUAGUGGAAACUGUAUCAGUCUCUGGCGAGGCUGUUAUACAUAAGAAGAGUUCAAAACAAAGAAAUGAAGAGGAUGAUCCUUCUUCCUUAGUUUUCUUUAUUGUCUUGUAAUGGUUCUUGUUCUUGGGGGUUAUGUUUAAGGUUUGUGUUUUGAGGCAGAUUGUACUAGAGGUUAUAUGUUUUUCUUUUGUUUUGUGGUUUUAAGGUUUUUUUUGUUUUGUUUUUGAUAGUGAGAUAUUGGAAAAAGGAUUUAGCCAUUGUAGGGCUUUGGAGAAUAAGUCUGUUUGUAUGUCUUAUGCGAACGCAAACAAACUCGUUUCUGUUCAUGUACUUUUAUCUUAUAGAAACUAUUUUUAUGUUUUAUUUGA